GUCAGUUAACACUGGGAAUGUUAGGAACAACACCAAAGUACUGCUCCCUGCAUCUGUCACUGGAACACUGCUGGACACACUGUAGUUAAGUUCUUACAGAGAGGAUUAUCAGGAAGGAUGAAUCGCUCGUGUGUAAACUGCUUGAAGUCUUUGGUGCUAAGUCUCAACUUCCUGUGCUGGCUGUGCGGUGCGUUUGUGGUGGCGUUCGGGGAGUUCCAGAUGAUUAAUUCCAAGUUUGCCUCCCUCAUCACCUCCUUCUGGCCCAUCUACCCCGCCAACACACUGGUGGUCACCGGCACCAUCGUGACCUGUGUGUGUUACCUGGGAAUGUUAGGAGGCAUGAAAGAGAACCGCUGCAUGCUUAUCAGUUUUUUCGUCCUGCUGUUCGUCCUGAUGCUGGUGGAGCUGGCCAUGGCCUGUGUGUUCCUGGUGUACAGCCGCAAGAGGGAGUUUGUCUCCCACUCCCCCCAUCCACCUGCCUGA